AUGUCUGAUAACCCGGAUCCUGCAAAUUCCGAGCGGCAAGAAGAUUUACAACAUAGCGCUAGUCGGCCUAUUCAGCCUAGAAGACGGUCGUUGGUAAUAAACACUCACGCAGGGUCAGUAGUUGGUUCCCUUGGGCGUCAGGGAUUCGCAGACACUUUUGGGCUCCAAGCAACCCCGCUCAAGAUUGUUGUCAACAUUGACGGGCCCGGAGAACGUUGCGCAGUUGAAGACGGUGAUGGUGGUAUAAUUGAUACUGCCCUGGGCUCAUCAGCCGAAAGAGUUUUGCAAGAACGUGAAGAUUUACUCCGAGACAACGGGGUGAAUAUGAGCUACGGUACCUCGAGCCUCCAUACAGAAGCCGCUGCUAUUGAGUCUGCGUGGGAGCAAGCAGUUGCUCAAGGAAAGAUCAGCACCAAAGUUCGGAGGGAGUUUUACGUUCUUGUCAAGAAUGCCGCACCCUUGGCAAUCACGUUCUUCCUUCAGUAUUCAUUGACGGUUGCUUCAAUCUUUAGCGUUGGGCAUUUGGGGAAAGACGAGCUUGGUGCAGUCUCCCUAGCGGCAAUGACCGGAAGUAUCACAGGUUUCGCUAUGAUUCAGGGCAUAGCAACCUGCCUGGACACACUAUGUCCCCAAUCAUAUGGCGCUGGUCGCUUUGAUCUCGUUGGAGUGUAUACGCAGAAAUGUGUUGCAAUGACGCUUAUUUGCCUGCUACCAGUUUUUAUCGUCUGGUUCAAGGCUGACGUUGUUCUUUCUUUUAUUUUACCCGAGGGCGAGGAGUACUUGAUUAGCCUUGCUGCUCGUUAUUUGCGUAUUCUAACUAUCGGUAUGCCACCGUACGUUGUUUUCGAGUGUGGAAAGAGGUUUUUGCAGGCUCAAGGAAUUUUCCACGCUUCUACAGUGGUCAUUGUGAUCUGUGCCCCAUGUAAUGUAUUCUUGAACUACUUCCUGGUGUGGAACCCAACAUGGGGCAUUGGCUACGUAGGAGCCCCUCUAGCGGUUGCAAUCACUAACUGGCUUAUGAUGAUACUGAUGAUCCUGUACGUUGUUUUUAUUGAUGGCAAAAAGUGUUGGAACGGCUUCGAGAGGAGCAUUUUCUCCGACUGGGGCCCUAUUUUCCGGCUGGCCAUCCCUGGUGUUGUUAUGCUUGAAGCAGAAUUCAUGGCUUUCGAGAUCUUGACUCUGGCUUCGUCUCAUUUGGGCACCGUCAAUCUCGCUGCCCAGACUAUUUUAUCCACGAUCACGACAUUGGCAUAUGAAGUGCCCUUUGCAUUGGCCGUGGCAACCUCAACUCGCAUCGCCAACUUUAUUGGCGCCCGCCUCAUAAAACCCGCUAUUUUGACCGCCAAAGUCGCGGUUGUAAUGGCUGGUGGUUUGGCAACGUUCGACGCCUUGAUGCUGUACACUUUCCGGUACCCUAUUUCAGGUUUGUUUUCCAAUGACCAGGAGGUUGUUGAAGCCGCGGCCACUGCAUUUGCCAGCUGCUCAUUUAUGCUUGUUCUCGACGGCUUGUAUGGUGUUUUAGGUGGAAUUCUGCGUGGACAGGGCCGGCAGUACAUUGGCGGCUACGUAAAUCUAUUUGCAUAUUACGGCGUUGGAGUCCCCAUGGCUUUGCUACUCGCCUUCAAAUUCGAAUACGGCCUCAGUGGUCUUUGGGUUGGAAUUAGCACGGGUGUGUCAUCCGCUGUCUUGAUCUUGGCGUAUAACAUUCGUUAUACCAAUUGGCAUUCGGUCGUUAAGCAGGCUGAAGAAGCAACUUCAUAA